CAGUGGCCAGAUAAAUAAAUAGCUUCAUUUUAUUACCUAUAUAAAUUUGUAUAAAGAUAAACUUAGUUAUACUUGGUUUAACCAAUAACAUUGUAAAAAUAUUUUAUUAGGUACAUUUAUAAAUUGUGUUGUUUUUGGGUAUUAUUUUAUUUGUGCUGUAAGUGUUUUUAAUUACCACCUGAAUAUUAUUAUGUAGUAGCUUACUUCACUAAUCGAUCUGCUCCUGAAUGAUUUAGAAGAUAUUGGAAACAUAUUUGGCACAUUGCUUAUGCUAGAUAUGCAUAACAUAAAUAAUCAUAUUAAAAAAUAAGUCAAAUAUAUAAAAAAUUAAAUACAAAAAAUGUCUGUCACACCUACAAAAACUAAAAAUGAUUUAAUUAAUUUUAUUCCCAAAGAGGUAAUAACACCGAACAAAGACAGUCCAGGUAUUUCGAAAACAGUUUAUUCACACAUAACCAAUCUUCAUCGCCUCCUUAGUGAUUGGUCAUCCAUAAGAGAAAAAGGCUUACAUAUAUGUAAAUCUAUAUCUGCACUAAAAUUAUAUGAAUAUAAAGAUGAUUAUUAUCCACACCAAACAAAACCACUUACAGAAAGUUUAGUAGAAGCCCUUGAUAGUUUAGAGAGUGUUGUGCAAGGUGUUGAAAUCAUUAACAAUCAAAUGCAAGCUUUGGCCCAGUUGCAGUAUACAUGCGAACCUGUUAUCAACACUUGGUCAGCAAGUGAAAUUGCAGAAAAUAUCCUUAACGUAUGCAAUACCAUGUAUAAAGAAUUUAAUUUGAAAAAAGCCAUCACAGAAAACAUUGCUCACUGUAGAGAUGAAAAUAUGAUAGAAGUGUAUGUGAGUUCAUGGGAAUUUGAUACUUAUUUAAGUAUGGAAUCAAGUGCUUAUUUGUUUGCUGAAGUGGGUUUAACAGGAAUCACAUAAAACUUAUCUAAAAUAAUAUCUAUCUAUUUCUAAUCUAUUAAGUUUUCUGACAUUUGUAAUUUAUAAACAAU